AUGUACAAAGAGCAAUGUAUUAGGUGUGAUGCAAACCAUGUAAAUUGCAUAAUUUGUAACUUUACACAUUGUCUAGCUUGUUCGGAUGGAUUUUUUGUUGAAAAUGGAAUUUGUAUGGAAUGUCCUAUUGAAUGCGAAUUGUGUGCCCAAUUUGGUUGUACCAUAUGCAAAAGUGGCUUUUAUUUAAAUAAUGGACGAUGUUUUCCUUGUUCAGAAGGAUGUACAAAUUGUGAUGAAAAUGGAUGCUUUCAUUGUACAAGUGACUAUUCUUUAAUUGAUGGUACUUGUGAACUAUGUGGAAACGUAUUUCCCCAUUGCUCGGUGUGUGUAGAAAAUCAAUGUAGAAUUUGCGAAACGGGGUUUUUUAUUGGUGCAAUGAGCACUUGUCAUCCAUGUACUGAUUAUGAUACAAACUGUGCUUCAUGUAACGCUAUGUUAUGUUUGGGCUGCAAUCGAAAUUACAUUUUAAAGGAUGGGAUGUGUGUAAAGUGUGGGGAGUUGUUUCCGAAUUGCAUGGAAUGUACAACUGAAACAUGUACCAAAUGCUUACCAAAUUAUUUGGAUAAAAAUUCAAUAUGCCAACCAUGUUCUGAAGUUUAUACCAAUUGUAACUUAUGUAAUAAAAUUCAGUGCCAAGAAUGUGAUGUGGGAUAUUUUGUUGAUAAUAACCAAUGUAAUAAAUGA